CGUCUCCUGUCCCCUCCGCUGCGCAGGCGCAGUUCGCUCUCGGGGCGGCGCGUCAUGGCGGCGGCUCUGAGCGGGAUGUUUACAAACCAGCCAUCGGGGCCGCCUCCCCCUCCGCUCCCUCCCGGCGGCCCCGGCCAGGCUGGUCUCCUCCCGGCCGCCGCGGGACCGCGCAACCCCAACAGCACCCUGGUGGACGAGCUAGAAGCUUCCUUUGAGGCUUGCUUUGCCUCACUUGUGAGUCAGGAUUAUGUGAAUGGCACAGAUCAGGAAGAAAUUAGAACUGGUGUUGAUCAAUGUAUCCAGAAAUUUCUGGAUGUUGCGAGACAAACAGAAUGUUUUUUCCUACAAAAAAGAUUACAUCUGUCUGUCCAGAAACCAGAGCUAGUUAUUAAAGAGGAUGUUUCAGAAUUGAAAAAUGAAUUACAGCGGAAAGAAGCACUAAUUCAGAAGCAUUUGGGUAAACUGCGUCACUGGCAGCAGGUUCUAGAAGACAUGAAUGUGCAACACAAAAAACCUGCAGAAAUGCCUCAAGGACCAUUAGCUUAUCUAGAACAGGCUUCUGCUAAUAUUCCUGCACCCAUGAAGCAAACAUGAUUAAGAAAGAUGUUUGAAUUUAGAUCUUUGAGUAAUAUUUUAACUUAAAGUGAAAUGGAAUAUUGAACUUUCUACCUUGUAUAAUAUGUGAUGUAAUUUGUAGUAUAAACAUAAAUAGUGUUUUACUACGACCGUGGGACACAACUAAGCAUAAAAUAAAUGGGGAAGAAUCUGUAGUUUUUUAACUUUUUAUCAAAGUAUGGAUUGGUUUUACAUUCAAACUGAACAAAUGCUCAUGUAUGUCUUAUCUUGUAGUCACAAUACACUUGCAUAGAAUAUGCUAAACCCCCCUCCUAUUACGUGGGGAAACUGACAGAGAAGUCCUAAUGAAGCUAAAGUCCAGUUAAGGCACUGUUGAUCUAGAAGUACUUGCAGAGUUUAUUUGUUCAUCUCAAGUGUAGCCUUGUAUACAGUUUUCACUGUGAGUGUUUCUAAUCAUGUCACAUCCUAAGAUUCUGGAGAAAUAGUGCAGACUUCUUAUUGCUGAGACUGAUUGGUCAAAUAAAUCAAAGCAAGGAUUUUCUGUUGAGCACUGCUACUAUCUGUGACUUAGGCACUUGUCUUCGCUAGGAGUGGGGGAGAAUGUAUUUUAAAUGUGUUUUAAAAAGUACAUCUCUUUUCCUAGUGUAGACAUGGCCAGAAAGAGCUGAUGGGAUGUUGGUGCUAAUGGGAAAUGCUCUGGCAUCUGAUGCUUUUAAAAUCUUGUAGGAGAGCUUCCUGUUGGAAAGGGAUGGAGAUGUGGUUAAUAUUUCCCAGUCAUCCUCCAUCUAAGCAUAAUGCCUGGCAUUUUCUACCCUUUCCAUGGCCUGUUUCUACAAAUGUAUGGUGCCUUCUUUUCCUCCUGAAACUAUACCCACUCAGUUUAAGGGUUUGGCACCUUGGGAGAACGUUGUUGGCUUUCCUCAUCAAAGCAGAUUUAGCUGAAGUAGCUAGAAAUUGAGUGUUAUCAGUUUCAGGCUGCUGCAGCUGCCAUGGAAAGCGAGUGGAGAAGUACUGCCUGAUUGUGUACUAUGUGGCUAAUUACCUGAGGCUUUGUAAGUGAGGGAACCAGACAGCUUGUCUGCUCUGUGCUUGCCAUUGUGCUCUGAGAGCACAGUGCAGGAGAGAAUGUAAACUAAGGACAUGGCUACACUUGCAGAUGUAGAGUGCUUUGAGUUAAACCAGCCUUCGGAGAGCGCAGUAGGGAAAGCGCUGCCGUCUGUCCACACUGACAGCUUCAAACGCACUGUUCAAGCAGCACUUGCAGUGGAAUUGGGAGCAGUGCAUUAUGGGCAGCUAUCCCAACAUGCAAGUGACUGCAACGUGCUUUUCAAAUGGGGUGGAGUGGAGUGUGACAGGGAGUGUGUUGUUCAGACAGCAGCAGACCGCCCCCCCCAACACCUCUCUCUCUCUCUCUCACACACACAGCAUUCCACACUAAUGGCUUGCUUUGUCUCGGAGCAGAUAAGCAGCCAGCUGUCAGAAACGGAGCUUUCAAAGGGCAUAGUCACAUUCCUACAAUGAUUCAAAAACAAUGACAAGAGUGGCCACUUGACUUAAGGGGAGUAUGGGACGUUUCUGGAGGCUGAUCAGAGCACAGUAAUGCAACACCUCGUUCGUGCUGGUGCUGCGGCGCUCCAGCAGGGGCGCAGCAAAUGUUAUUCCACUCGCUGAGGUGGAGUACCAGCAGCUCUGUAGCCACGGAGUCAGAGCGCUCUAGGUGCCUUGCCAGUGUGGACAGGUAGUGAGCUAGUGCGCCUGGGCCUCCUUUAUUGCGCUGUAACUCGCAAGUGUAGCCAAGCCCUCAAACUCCCUUUAGAGAGUAGGUUUAAAUUAACUUCACUCUGCUGUAAGUGGAGAGAAGCUGCAAUGCAGGAGAAACUACUCCCAACUUCUGGAGCUAAAUAUUCUCUCAAAGCCUCUCUUCGAACCACUGACUUAAGGAAACCAUCUGCUUGACUUGGACAGUACUUGAAGUUUCUCAUUUUCCUGUAGAGACAGUCACCUAUUUUCACACAAGGAAUGGGAAGGCUGCCACAAAGUCAGUCAGUAACAAACUCCCCUUGAUUGCUGCAAGUACAGGACUUGAGUUACAUGAUGAUUGCUUUUUAAAUUAACUCAAUCUGUCUAGGCAUGUACAUCGCACUUAACUACUGUGUCCAUUUUUGUCUGCACCUGUGAAAUGAGAAAGGGAACUCCCUCAGUGGAAAAAGGCUUUUAUCGACCUGAAAAUGGCUGAAUGAUAAGAAUCGAAGUCGAUAGUGUCUGUCCUUUGUGGGGUUUUUGAGUGGUUUUACUGCUAUUCCUCAUAAGGCUUCUAGUUGUUCAUUGGACUCAGAUUUUGAAAAGAUUUUUUUUCACCUUAAAAAGCUCAUUUUGCUCUUGCAUCUCUCAAUACAUGCACUACUACUCCAAUUUAUUAACUAGUAGCUCUUUCAUUGCUGAUCAUUUUAGCAGAAACAUCCUAAAAUAUUGAUUCUUCAGUCCCAAACCCUCCCCCCAAUUCCCACCUACUCAACUACCAGAUAUGUUGCUCUACUCAUAAUACUUGUAGCUAUGUAUUGUAAGUACAAAAAAUAGUUGGCUUAUUAAAACCCAAAAAUAUGGCCUUACAGGAUUGGGCAGUAGCAUAUGCUGCCAAGACUGGCUGUGGGAGAGACCUCUGUGCUUUAGGUUUUUAAAUGAGAGCAAGCUUUUGCCACAUGGUCUGGUACUGCAAUCAUUUUUGUCACAGGUUGUCAAUCUACUCUUGGAUGCCAUACAAAAUGUCUCCCUUACUAGACAGAAAAAGCUUUUUGCACUGUUCGUAGAUUUUCUAAAGGGUUGCUUGUGGAAAACUAAGCCUUCUAGAUAUUACACGGAGAUUUGGGGGAGGGACUGGAGUUAGACUUUCCAUGGGAAGAGGUCAACGAGAAGAAACAAGGAAGUGUGGUAGCAGUCUAAAAUUCACUCAGUGUUUCUGGCAGAUUUGUUUGCUACUGUAGCUCUCCCAUUUUGCCAUGUUGACAGGCCUAGUCUAUGUUUUCCUUUAGAAAAUCCUGAGGUUCGGCAGUUUCCCCCUCAGUAAAAUGGGGAUAAUGCUGACCAUCUUUGUAAAGCGCUUUGAGCUCUACUGAAGGGAAGCACUAUACGAGCUAUGUAUUAACCUUAACUAACUUUCAAAGAACGUUGUCUUAUGAAAGACAGUUGCUAUGGCUUCUGAAUAUUGGAUAGCCAGAAAUUUAAAAUAUUUGGUGAUAUUGGCACCACAAAUUACACACUAAAGUAGAAAGGGGAAUACUUAUAAAAUUGGAAAGCAAUGGUCACCCUUUAAAUCAAGAAUAGAGAUCACUAUGGGAUUAUCUGUCUGCAAAGGCAACCUUGUAAAGAUGGGACCACUGUACCAGAAGGAAAAUAAUUGUGUAUAAAAUAUGUAUACUGCUCAUUUGAUUAAACUAAUUGAAGUACAA